GGCCUGGUCGCUGGUACCUGAUGUUGCAGGAGGCAGAGCGGCAGGAGCUGGUCGCUGACACUGUCUGGAGGGAGUCAAAUAAACAUCGUUUUGCAGCAUGAGGAUAACACUAACAUUAUUUCGUAGAAAAAUGCCCCCUGGUAAUAUUUAUGGCGGGAAACAUCGUAAGACACCCAAGGUAACGGAGUUAGAAACUGGGAAUGCUACAAAGAAACUACAGGUGGAAGAGCAAAAUAUGUUCUAUUUGCGUCAUCCUUACCUUACACUGGAUCAGUCAUGGGGACAUGCUAAAGCACUUGGCAAAGCCAAAGCUUUCAUAAGGCAGAAGAAUGUGGAACAACAAAAGGUAAUGCCGAAUGUGACUUUAGAAGAGAGGUACAAAAAUCUCAGACUCACAGAUGUCUGGGAUUAAGAAUAAAAAUUUAUAAAUUAUUACAAAUGUAAAUUAGUAAAUAUAUAUACAAUGUCAUAUGAUACAGUACAGCAUACUGUAUAAAUUUAG